AUGGUCUAUGCGAGCGGUCAAAGCGAAUUCUCGGAGUGGGAACCUGUCAUAUGGGAUGCAGGUAUGCUUCCUGAGACAAGAGAAGGAAAAGGGAAAAGCCCCAAUAGCAAACUAAACCCACCAGGCUCUCCCCCUCCCUACACGGUAUCAUCCCCAUAUACGCCAUCAUCAAGCCCUCCUCCCUCCUAUAAAGCUGUCUCAUCGCGCUCAAGCUCUCCCACGCCAAUAUCAACACCACCAUCAGAGCUAGAUCCGGAGCUCGGUAAUGUUCAGCACGGCCAAGCCUCGUCUCCAUAUGCACAUCAGCCAUCUGACUCGCCAGACUCUCCUAAGAAAAGAAGGGGCUGCUGCAACAGAAAAGUGGCCUGGAUACUUGGCAUAUUCAUCUUGCUGGGGAUCGUAACCACCAUAGUCUGCACAUGCAUUAUAUUUAUUCCACGUCGAGGUAGGGAAGGUACGAACACAGAAGCUGUGCAGGUAGUCGAGACACAGCCACAACCACAGCCAGAACGGAUUUUGGCGUCUGAGCCUCAUCCUGAGUCUGUGUCCGAGCCCAAGCCUGGACCAGAACUGGAACCGGAGCCUGAACCUGAGGCAGUACCAGAGCCAGAGCUAGAGCCUGUAGUAGAAAAGCCAGCACCGGAACCGGAGUCAGAGCUAGAGCGAGAGCGAGAGCCAGUACAAGAACCCGCUCAUGCCUCUACUCCUGAUCAAGUUCAAGUUGCGGCUCCAUAUCCUGCUUAUGUGCAGACGUGUACUCACGUCCCAUUACUGGGCUGGUUUCUUUCGUGGCUCGACUCUGCUAUUUGCUAG